AUGUUCAAUGAGGGUGGGCUUGGUUUUAAGGAUAUGGAGGUUUGGAAUAGAGCGGCUAUAGCCAAACAUGUUUGGUACCUGUUUUCGGGUGGGGAAUGUUCAAUGUGGUGUCAAUGGGUUAAAUCCUACUUACUUAAGGGUAAGAGUUUUUGGGGUAUUAAGAUGCCCAGUGAUCCAUCCUGGGUUUGGAGGAAACUUUUAUCGCUUAGGGAUUUAAUCUUCCCUAUUAUCAAAUUCAAACUUGGCAAUGGUGAAAAUGUGUUCCUCUGGCAUGAUAACUGGCACCCCUUUGAUUCGCUUUUGUGUCGGUAUGGUCCUAGAAUUUUGUAUGAUACCAACCUUCCUAACAAUUCUAAGGUUAGUUCAAUCAUCUCAAAUGAUUCUUGGAACUGGUCUUUUCCUAACUCUUGGGAGAUACAGGAAUGGAUCACGGCCACCCCUCCUUCUCUUAAACCUUCCAUUGAUUCCCCUGAUAUUCCUGUAUGGAGUUUGACUACUGAUGGUUCCUUUUCUAUUCACUCUGCUUGGGAUUGUUGGAGGGACAAGGGCCCAAAGGUUACUUGGUCUAAUCUCGUUUGGGGUCCUCCUGUUAUCCCUAGGGCUGUUAUCCAAGCUAAGUGUAAUUCCCACUGGCCUUCUUUGCCCUGGUUGGAACUUGUUGAGUUUGUUACUAAAUCCAUCAAUGGUAAAUCUCUGAAAUCUAUGAUUAUGAAACUCUCCUUUCUCUGCACUGUCUACCAUAUUUGGAUGGAGAGAAAUAGUAGAAUCUUUAGUAAGGUCUUCAAACCUGAAGAGGUUGUCACUAACUCUAUCAUCCAAAUGGUUAGGGGUAGACUCCUUUCUAUGGAAAAUGUGAAAGCUUAUGCAGGUGACAACUGGUAUUUGGAACAAUGGAACCUACCUUCUAAAAUCCUAUUGCAGUCCCAAACUGCUGCAGCUGAAAGGAAUUUGAGUGGUGUGAAUUAUCCUACAUUGAGGGUUGAGUGA